UUUUAAUGUGUAUGCAGUGGUGGUGGGUGCGGAAAAUAAUCUAAAAAUCACCGUCCAACGCCCAUCGAAGGGCAAUUUCCUAAUUGUCUAGUAGUUGUGCACUCGUAUAAGGAAGCAGUCACCGGCAUCGACUAUCAUAGUCGUAGCUCACCACUCUAGUUGUACUCACAUUGUUUAAUAUGAAUGUUAUUGUGUCACUACUCUUAGUUCUAGCACUCACUCUUCUCCACACAGGACUUGUCUCUUCGCACAAAUGGGAUUACAUACAUGAAGACAAAUGGCCCACUGCUUGCAAGGAGGGCCGAAAACAGUCUCCCAUCGCCUUAUCUCGAGGCAUAGCCGAAGAACAGGCCUUUUCUUCGCUGAUUUUUGAACAGUAUGACAUUACUUAUCCAGUCCAGUCAAAGAAUAAUGGACAUUCGGUCGAGAUACGUCUCCACGUCCAAAACCAGCCCACGGUGCGAGGUGGUGGUCUGCCAGACAUUUACCGUUUGGACCAUUUGCACUUCCACUGGGAGUCGGAACACACCAUGGACGAUCGAAGAUUCCCGCUUGAGCUCCAUCUGGUUCACUAUGCGAAUAAAUACGCAAAUCUGUCGCAAGCUCUGCAAUACAGUGGCGGAGUGGCGGUGUUUUCCGUCCUGUUUUAUUUGUCACCGGAUGAUGAUGUACAAUUUCAGCCUUUAAUUAAUGUCAUCGAUAAAUUGCAAGAUAAAAUAAACUCCAUACAAGAAAUGCACGUCAAAGUUGAUGAUUACUUACCUAGGGAUCGGGCGGGGUAUUAUCGUUAUAAUGGCUCACUUACGACACCGGAUUGUACGGAAGGGAUUAUUUGGACGGUGUUUACUAAUACUCUACCUAUCUCGAAUAGUCAGGUCAAGUCGUUCCCGAUGUUGAAGACGGAUCGUGAAGGGAAUAUCUUACAGAAUUAUCGCUCUUUGCAGGAACUUAACGGAAGGCGAGUUCACAUUAGAUCGAGUCCGGUUUCCGGGGCCAGUACUUACCUAAUUUAUUCUCGAAUUUUUUAUUUUGUUUUAUUUAUUGUCUUAAGUAGGUUUAGUUAAAUUUUUGGAACGUGAAUCUAGUCAAAUUGAAUUAAACUUUAGAAUUCUUGCCGCAUUGUAGGAUAUUAUUUUACGAGGUUUCAUAUUAAGCAUGAUUCAUGGUUAUGAGAGAUUAGGAAAAAUAUUUGAUUUGUAAUCCUACAAUAUCGCACACGUGCAAGUUGUUAAAUUAUUAGGAAAAAAAUCUCUGUGAAAUUUUAAAAUGUAUUAAAGUUGCGUACUGUUUUA